GAAUUAUUCGGCUAAAAUGCCCUGGCACGGGCAUACGUAGUCGUCGGUCCGCCAUUACGACGCAGCCGAGACACGUUCGUCGUAUUUAGUUAAAUAUUUUCGUUUAUAAAUGAGUUAUAACGCUCAUGAGCUAAGUAAUCGGCUUCUUAAUGCGUUGGAUAGCAAUUACAAUGUAAGUUUCCAAAGUAUAAAGACAAAUACAGCCGAUAUGAAAGCCGGAGAUUUGGAAACGGUCUGUUCGGGCCUGUGACACCCGACUCGAGUUGCGAUUGACUCUCUUGAGAGGCUGUAUAAUGUAUCUAAGUGCUAAACACGGCCGUCAAGGCUGAAUUAUUACAUUCAACAGUAGCAGUAGCACGUGUAAUACGAGAAACGUUGUGGAAUUAUAGUGUGUUACAAUACGUGAGCGUUGCGACUGAUGUUCGGGGCCACUGACGUCGUCAGCUCACCUCUCGUCCCUCCGUCCCUAGUGCCAAAUGUUUUGCAAUGUGAAAGUGUGGAAUUGUGCCACGCGUGUUUUUUUCUUUUAAUUUCUGGUUAGAUGAAGUGAAUUAUGCCCUGAUAGAUUUCGAAAUGAAGUAUAAAAUUAUUAGAUCGUUCGAUAUGACCUUAGGUGAUUGCUUUGAGAGUCAAUGUUUGCAGAACGCUUGGCUAGUUUAUGUCGAUUGUAUUACAGGAUUCGAUAUAAUGUUAUUCUGUAGAGUGUGCAUUUUAAGGUCGUCGACAUGCAAGCAGUUAAUGAAAUUAUAUCAAUUUUGGAGAAAUUCAAUAUCACAAAAGAGCUGUUGGAGACCACCAGAUUAGGCAAGCACGUGAAUGAACUGAGGCGUAAGACGAGCGAUCCCACACUCGCUCGACGCGCCAAGGUGCUCGUCAAGAGGUGGCGGGACCUCGUUAUUCCUGCUGUAGCAUCGCCAGCUCACGCCGGUUCCAACCGAUCUUCAGCAGAACGAAGCACUCGACGUCCUGGUGGCACCCCCCUCACCUCGCCGGCUCUUAUUAGGCAAGGCUUGAGUCCCGCGGUGGCCAGCCCACGAUUGCCGUCGAGGCCAGCAUGGGGUGGUUACGAGUCAGACUCCCAGGAUGUGAUCCUGGUGGAUGACGACCCACCACCAUUACCUGUACCCACACACGCACACAAACCUGCUACGCCGCCCGUGAAACGCGCACUCACUCCAGAGUCAGUCGAUGACGACAAAAAAGCCAAACGGGACAAGAAGCCCAAGAAACGAAGGGGUCACGGCAGAGCUGGGUCUGGUGUAGAAACGACAAUACCAGCAGUGCCUGGGGUGCCUCAAGCCCCGGCAGGUAUCCCCAAUACCACAGCAACGCCCGGGGCCAAUAACGCCUGGCCGGCCAGAAAUGGAUCCGGCCCCGAAAGGCGGAAGAAUGGCUGGAGAAGGGAUAAACCGGACCCAUAUGCUGCUCUGGUCAAUAGGAUACCACCAGCUGGGGGCAAAAAGGUUAAAACGACAGCAGAACUGCUAGAGCAGAUCCAGUCAAGGACGGGGGGCAAAGCUAGUGCACCCCCCUCGCCUAAUUCUCCUCACUCGCCUGACGUCAUGCUAAUAGAGCCCGACGAACCACCAGUGAGCGUGGAUUCACCCUUGCGGAAUGGGGAAAGUGAAGCCCCCCCAGAACCUCAAUGGCUUCUUGAGCCUCUCGAGGAUGAGCGGGAAUGGGCCCCCUGUAUAUGUGACCCGGACGUAGGACCCGAUCCCGCGUGUCCGGCUGACACUCCCACCGUGGUUCAGCCGGAACACGUCCACGCCCUGCAUCACGCCUUUCUCCCUGGGGUCAAUGGCACCCGCGCCCCCCUCCAUCCUCAUAAAUUCGCAGUUCGGCCAUCCAUCGACCCCAAUGACCCUACUCUCUUCGCGACAGUCGUUCCUCUCUACAAUUACUCAGACUAUGCUAACGAUUUCUGUGUCAAGAAUAUGUCUCGGCUCCCGCUAUGUCGGCAUAUUCCCGCAACAGAAUUUGCCCCCUCGCCUCCUUCGCCUCCACCCAGACCACCACCACCCUCCCCCCGACCUUACCCCAUCGAAGACUUAAAAGUCGAAGAUGAGGCCUCAUCUCCUAGUCUUAUCAAACCUGAAUCUGAAAUGGAAGUAGACAUCAAGCCAGAGAUCGAUGAGAGAUUGAAUCCUUCCCCGACCCAAAAUGAUGAUAAAGAGCCGACAAUAGAAGUUAAAGAAAUUAAAGAAGAACCAGAACAACAGUUCUCUGUCACAUCCCCAGGACACAGAACAGUUGAAAGAACGAAAGAAAACAAUGAAGGUCUCAGCGAUCCCAUUGAGGAACAAAUGGACCUAGAUGUUAAAGAAGAAAAAGUAGUGCAAAAAGUUUUAGAACCGGCUACUGUCAAACUAGACGGAAGAACUUUGUAUGAAAACUGUGUGUCUUGUGUAAAUUCAGUGCCGUAUAGGUAUGAGAACGCGUCGUGUGCCCCAGUCCUGACGUUUCCUAGGGAAGAUGUGUCGGACAGUGUGAAUAAUGCCUUAGAGAGCGUUGAAACUGAGCGAGAUGAGAUAGGCCGGCCCGUUAAGGCCACGCACUUCGCGGAAUGGCACGAGUGUGCGAAGCUCGGUGACCUGAUAGCCCUUCCGUAUGUCGUCAUCGACUGACCAAAGCCCAAAGCUUCCGGUGUUCCAAGUGUCCUUAAAGUAGGUUUAAGUGUACAUAGUGAGUGACUCGAAUACACUCAGUUUGAGAUGAGAACGUGCGUAACUUCAUACAAACUGAGUUUGGUUACGGAUUUUUAUAGUCUAUGACAUGUUGGUUUGUGUUACAUGAGCAGGUUUUCAAUAAGACCUGUUUAUUUAAACAGUAUUUAGUUAAAUUUUUAACUCGAUGUCCUAGGAUUCUUAACAUAUUUUUUGAUAAUGAGUUAGUAAAAUGUGUCUGCAUAAACAUGGUGAUUUAUUUGUAACUAAGUUUCAAAUUCAUUCAUACUUAUCUCUUGCAACAUAUCAGUACAAUAAAGUUAAAAUCUAAAGCAUUAAUUCAAGAGAUAUAAAAUUAACAAUUAUAAUUAACUUGCUCGUGUAACACAAAGUGUUAAUUUCCAAAGUGGUGUGUUGUGAUAUCGGGCCGGCCCGAGACUCGACAAAAUCUCUAGACUGUUUCAUUGAGUUAUUGUUACCGAUUGUGAUUUAUAAUGAAUUAGGUAAUUAUAGGAGUUCCAAUUGUAUAUUAUACAUAUAUAUUGCUAUAUCAAGUCAAAAUAUCAAAUAAUUUAUUGACCAUUGUUGGAUAAGUGAGUGGGAGGUUUUGGAUAAAAGGUCAUUUUGCGAAAAUUAUUAGUAUCGUUAUGAAUAUAAAUGAAAAUAGAAUAUUAAUUUACUCAGACAAAGGACUCAGUAUUUUUUAUCAUUACAGUGGAAAAGUGCCAAAAUCUAAUUUUUUUAAUUGGGUACAAAUUGACACAAUUUUAAAUUUAUCCAAAAUAUUAAUAAAAAACUUAUUAUUAUCAAGAACCUCCCACAAAUAAAAUGGUUUAAUAUAUUUUCAAUAUGCUGCAAAUUUAGGUAGUCGAGCCCCGAACUAAUGCAUGUUAUGAUUUUGAGCCAGCUAAUAUUUUUCUCUUAAAACUCUCAUCAGAAUUUCAAUUUAUUUGAAUACUUAUAAUCUCAGUGUUGUUUUCCACAAUGUUCUCGUCACAAAUGGCUUAGUUACUUUGUAACAUACAUUUAUUAAAUAAAAUCAUAAAUGUUAGGGCUAUGUAAAACUCUUAUAUACCUUUUUUAUUUCAAAAGACGAAAAAUAUUUCAAGGCUCACUUAUGUUCGUGUUGUUGAAUGUUGUUAAAGGUUCGGGGCCAACACGACUUAAUGGGUCCGCAAUAAUCUCGUAUGUGCCACAUUUCAGUGCCAGAUAUUUUGUCUGUCUUUGUCGCUGCUUAUAAACAAGAUUGGGAUUUUAUAUAUCUAGUUGUUUGUGUGUCACGGUAACUUAGAUGGACCAAAAUGUAUUCUGAUCUAGAUUUUUUAUUCAACGAAACUGGUUUUCAUUUAAUGACUACGAACUUAAAAUGUUGUGAUUUUUUAAAAUUUUGAUAUAAAUUUUGUAUUUUGCCUUCAAACAUUUUUAAUAACACCUUUUCUUGUAUACCUUGCUUUUUUUACGACCAACAAAAAAAUCUAGUAUUUUUAACAAAAAGGGCUUUAAAUUCGUAAGUUGCUUACUAUUUUCUUCUUAAAAAUGUACACAUUAAAAAAGUGGAGCAUAUUUUUGUAAUAUGUGACAUUUGUCAAAUUCUAACAAUAAGAUCCCAUUUUUGUUACUUAAUAGCAGCAUACAUGUUUCAAACUUCAGGCGCUUUUGGAGGAAAUCCGAUAAAUUUAUAUAGAAAAUUAUUUGAAAAUAUUCAUAUCAACAUAUGCUAUUUUUUGUUACACUGACCAAAAUGUAAAUACCUCUAAAAGUGCCUUCUUUUAUGAUAAGAUUUGUCCAAGGAUAAACAGGCUGAAAAUGAACCGCACACACAGUACUAUUUGCUGUAGACUUAUACUAUUAAACUGUUACUCCGCUUCCUAAAAUAUUAACUAUGAAUAUACUGAAAAUUUCGUAAAAAAAACCCGCUAAAGUAUUGUGUGUGCGAUCUAUAUAUUUAGUGUAUAAAAAUUAUUCAAAGAUUUCCAAAUUGUUUUAGGUUAAAACCGAUUGACAUUUUUGCAAUAUUGUUAUGUAUAUAUGUUUGUAAUUUGUUUUUGAAUAACGUCCUUGUGUUUCUUGUUAAAUCAAUUUGACAUUUUAGCAGGACUGUCAGUUUUAUUGCCAUAAGGUAUAAUAUGUCAAAUCUGGCAUAACUCAGUUGCAUAAACACUUCAAGCAAAUAAUGAAUCAUUAAAAUGGUGCUUUCCACAUUUUUCUUGUUUAUUUUCGUUCUAUUAUUUCAUUCAAUCCCAUGAAAAAUACAACUAUAUUAAUCAUCUAAAAAAAAACAAUUGUAAGGUUGAUUUAUUUGUCCAUUGCUAUGUUUUAAACAAACAAAUUAAAUACAAAGAUUAUUUAUUAAAUUUGGCUAAUAACCAAAAAAAAUUGCUCAACAAAGGAAUAUUUGUAAGUUGUUAGAUAGUGUAGAUUGUAUAGUGAUUUUAUAGCACAUAUGUUUUUUAAUGAUUCUGAUAUUUUUCUUUUUAAAUAACUAUACAUUUUAGCUUAUUUGCAUAAAUGUAUGGCUUUUUAAAUUUUACGUUCGUUCUUGGAAUUUCUAUUUUUGAAGUUUGGGUACUUUUAAAUUUCUGGUAGAAUAGAUUAGCAUUUAUAAUGAUAUUGUUAUUAAUGUUUGAAAUGUAUAGAUAUUUCAAUUAAUAGUUUUAAUAAGUACAAGCUAUAAUGUUUACUCUUUUAGUAGAUGGCGUUGAAACAGAAUCACUAUUUUUUUGAAGUAUCUAUAUUCUACCCCAAUUUUAUAAUUUAUAUUAUUUAGCGGACCCAUUAAGACACGUGUAUAAAAACGCCUUACGUAUAUGCGCGGGUGAGUCCGGUCGCGGAGCUUGUAUAGAUGACUGUAACCCGGAGACUGCCUUGAUGGACUUGAUCCAGAUUUUUGGUAAAAUAUAAAAAGCAAAAUAUAUGUGUUUUUAUUACGA